CAAUUCAUAACGCAAAUAAAUGAUAUCGAUUGUUUUGUCAAUCUCCUCAAUAUCCUCCUCUUUUCGUUGUCAUUUCGCAUUUUACGUAAGCCUUAAGACGCAUUGCCCAAUGUCUCGAGUCUAUCCGAAAUAACUUGAUUUCAGACAAUUCCACGCAGGGAAAUUGGUGCGAUCGCGUGCAUGUUCGUUGUGCAUCGGCGAUAAGAUUCGUCAAUUUUUGAUCAAACAUAAAUGCGUGAAGAGGAUAUAUCAAUUACACAGACCGGUUUCUAUGUGUUAUUUUCGAUAAAGAAUUAAUUGUUCAACUUCUCAUAAAUUACCGCCAUUGACAGAUUGAAUUGCCGCAAGACCAAUAUUAUUCAAAAAUCAAAAACGCCGUGCCGGUAACGUAGAUUAUUUCAGAGUGAACCAUGAUAAAAUAGUCGUUUCCAUACAGUCUGGGGACAAUCAUCACUUCCCUAGAUUUGACUAGCCAUACAAUCAACCUGUCAACUGGUAAUAUACAGAAGAAGGAUACGCACGCUGAUACAAUAUUACGGUAUUCUGGUAUUAAUGACUGACCUGCUGGUACUGUGAAAAACUAAUGCUGUUUUAAGCUGGUGAUCCGGAAUAUGGACGGGAAUGGACAAGAUCCAUCACUUUUCGAUCAUAUUAACAAUGCCCUCGUUGGCGAUCUACCAUCUUUUGGAAUGGCAAAGGAAUCAAAAUUUCAGCAGUUGAUGAGGAGCAAUAGCAUGACAAACAAGUCGAGGAAUAUAUUUGAAAACUCUUCUCAAAGCCAUGAAGCUGGCCCUGAUAUUAGGAGUUAUGCUUCAUUUGAAAGACCACCUGAAGUUGAUGCAGGCCUGUGUGUGGAAGCAAAAGAAUUCAUGCCAUUGAUGGCUCCUCAACCUAUGCCACAACCUUCAUUUUCAUCGACUAUAAACUCGUUCGAGUCCCUGAGUCUCUCUGGACAAAAUGGGGUGAACAAUGUUGCCGAUAUGCCUGGUAUUAGACCGAACCCUGCAGCAAGGGAGUUUGUUCCUCGAAACCAGUCAGCUCCGAACUUGCGUCUCUCGCAAAUGCAACAACAGUCACCAAUGCAACCGCCAGCACCUGCCAUUCCAGGCAUCAGAGAAUUUAUUCCAAGUUCAAGAAUAUCGCAAAUGGGAAAUCACCCGAAUGGAGUAGUUCAACAGCAGCCUCCUGCAGCAUUUUUAUCACCACAAGCUCAUAGGUUUGUUUCUCCAAAUAAUGCACGAGCCAUGGGAGAUCAGGAAUUGAACAUGUCUAUGAUGACCAAUGCUGGAAUAAGGAAAUCUAAUUCUCCUCUAAUGGAAAAUAUUAUGAUAGCAGGGGGCCAAAUAUCUUCACCCGUUACUAGUAUGGAGCAACUCGGCAACAGUGUAUCUUCACACCAUCAGUCUACUUUUUAUGCAGGUGGAGACAGUGAUUCUUCAUUGACUGCUAGUCCUCAUGCAGGAUACUUACCAGCAACUUCUUCGCCUUUUGCUCAUCACAUGUUACCAAAUGGUUCCAGCAGUAAUAUGACACAACUCAUGGGACAAAGAACAUCGACUGACACUCCUGACCGGUCAUCGCCGCUUCAGGCUCGACGAGCAGCAAGUCACGUCGGUCAUAGAUCAUCACCUUUAGAACCAAUAAAUACCGACCUCCACCCACAACCCACAGUGGAUGGAGAUAUGCAACGUGGAGUGGCACAGGAAAAUUUCGGCGGCACAACAUAUUUCUUUACACAAAAUCAAAAAAGGCAAAAUAUAUCCAUGGUCAUGCCUACAUUUCAUGCAUUUACUGGAUCACCACCUAGCGUUGAAUACAUGAAACAACGGGUUAAUGCUCCGUCUUUCUUCAUGCCUAAUGAACUACGACAAUCUAUAUUACGAAAACAAACCUUGACAAUGUUAACAGUGGAUGCAGAACAGGACACGAGUGUACCUGCUGAGGUUGACAACUAUCACAGUUUAUUUCCAUUAGAACCUAUAGUGGAUACUCCAAUGCAGAAAUCCAGCACAUUUAGUUUUGUAACAUCAUGUUAUAAAGCGAUAAAAUAUAAGGAUGGACUACCUUACUGUUUGAGGAGAAUACAUGGUUUUCGACAGGUCAAUCAAAAGUGUAUGGUUCUUGUUGAAAUGUGGAAAAAAAUUCAGCAUGCAAACAUUGUUAUGUUGAGAGAAGUUUUUACGUCAAAAGCAUUUGGUGAACACUCGUUAAUAUUUUCCCAUGACUAUCAUGCUGAUGCUGAAACAUUGAUGUCUAGACAUUUUCAAAAUCCAAAUAAUAAUUACGCAUCAAAAACAAAGUGGAACAAUAAUGGAGGAAAGUCAGGUUUACUUCCGGAGAGUUUAAUAUGGACUUACGUUGUUCAGUUAACUUCAGCUCUUCGUUGUAUACACUCUGCUGGUCUUGCAUGCAGAGUUAUGGAUCCAACUAAAAUAAUCAUAACAGGAAAAUCAAGGUUACGAGUCAAUGGUGUGGGAAUAUUUGAUGUAUUAGGAUAUGAUAGUUCACAUUCCAAUCCAAGAGCUCACAUGCCACAGUAUCAGCAGGAUGACUUAGUUGCUUUGGGAAAAGUUGUUCUUGCACUGGCUUGUAAUUCCGUAGCAGCUUUUCAGAGAGACAACUUUCCGCAAUCUCUUGAGCUAGUUGUAAUGAAUUAUUCGACGGAUUUGAAGAAUUUCAUUCUGUAUUUGCUGACACCUCAACAAAGACCAAGAAGCGUAAACGACAUCAUGCCAAUGAUUGGUGCAAGAUUUUAUACACAACUUGACUCGUCAAUAAUGAGAAGUGACGUUAUCGAAAAUGAACUAGCCAAGGAGGUCGAAAAUGGCAGAUUGUUUCGAGUCAUUUCAAAACUUUGCAUCAUUAAUGAACGACCGGGAUUAGGAAUGGAAAGAGAUUGGUCAGAAACUGGAGACAGAUAUCUUCUUAAACUUUUUAGGGACCAUGUUUUUCAUCAGGUUUCUGAAACUGGUGCACCAUGGAUUGAUAUGGCUCACAUUGUGCAAUGUCUAAAUAAGUUGGACGCAGGGGUACCUGAGAAGAUUUGUUUAAUGUCGAGGGAUGAACAAAACGUUCUUGUUGUUUCUUAUGCAGACUUGAAAAAGGCUUUAAACAAAUGUCUUGAGGAACUAACUUCAGUGCAAGAACACUGAAGGAACUUGGGAUUUUUGCAUUUACCAAGCAUUAUACAUUGACAUCCCAAUACUUUAUUGCUGGAUAUGUGAUUUAUUCAUACUUGUGCAAGAAGUUUUCAUUUCCACAAACAUUUUUGUACAAGUACACAGAAUAUGCUGCUAUUUUUGUGCCGACUGUCCAUGUUUUUCAUAGUUGUGUAUUUUUAUCAUUUCAGCGGCAUCUUGAUUUUUUUCCUUUUUUGUGUCAUGAAAUUUUUCUAUUUUUUUCAUAACAUUUUUUGAUUUUGUUAAAUAUGGAUUUUUAUAUGUGAUUAUGGUCUUAAGGCCGGUGUUUUAUGAAUGGUUUCAGGAGUUGCUUCAGGCUGAUGCACCACUUAAUAUUCAUUGGUACAACUGCAGUCAACUAACUGUUCACUUAUUUUAAUAUAGAGAAUAACGUUGAUUUUAACACUGAAGAGAUACCACAAUAACAAAAAAAUGUAUUUUAGUACAUGUUCUCGAAAAGUAGCUUCUAUGGCCCUUGGGGAAUUUGGGGCACCUUCUCUACAAAGCGACAUUUUCAUUUCAACCUCACAGUACUGCCAAAUGUUUAUUGUUAGGUCCUUUCACUUGAUCGAGAAAGUACUGAUUUUUUUUAUUUUUUGCCUUAUUUUACUUUUUUGGUGUUUUUAAAUUAUUGUCGUAUUAUUUUGUUACAUGGUAUAAACAGGAUUACUAUUUUUUCUGGAACUUUUGUGCGGAAUUCCAUAUUUCCCCAUGACUUGGUAUACAAUUCGGGCCCUGAUGGAAAAUAUAUUUUUGUCUGAAUAGUCUUUCCAUUCAGCAUCAGACAGGCCAAAGGUACCUAUAGGAAUUCUUCCACAGGGCUUAGCUUUCCCACCAUUUCCAGACCACCUUUACUGUGUCAUUAGUUUUCCUUGUUGUUUUAUGUUUGAAUGUUUUCCUGUUUGUACCUCCUGACAAAGGUAUCAGCGUGAACUUAUCUCCUAUUGAAAACAUCUCUCUUGUUUCAAGGUUUUAUACAAUAAAUAAAAACUAAUGGGACAAUGA